UAAGUUGGGGACAAACUCCGUAAUUUUUCCUUCCCUAAAAUGUAGACGGUGUUUGGCCGAUCGCUGGUUCCACCUAACUCUUGCUUUGUAGAAUCUCGACACUUUCAGUGUAUUCCAUCUAACAUUUUUCUCGCUCACUCCUAGAUCCAGUUCGCAGGACCAUAGUAUUGGUAAUAUUUGUUGGGAAAUUAUUUCCAAAUGGCUGGUGAAGAGAGGUGGUGCAUGGUGACGGGUGGGAGAGGCUUUGCAGCACGGCAUUUGGUGGUAAUGCUAAUCAAAUAUGAGAUGUUUAAGGUCCGUAUAGCUGAUUUGGGUCCCAACAUCAUACUUGAUCCCGAAGAGGAGAAGGGUGUUCUCGGUGAGGCCCUGAGGUCUGGCCGCGCUCAAUACGUCUCCACAGAUCUUCGUAACAAAUCCCAAGUACUUAAAGCUUGCGAAGGAGUGGAAGUUGUUUUCCAUAUGGCUGCUCCUGAUUCAUCCAUUAAUAAUCAUCAGCUCCAUCACUCUGUCAAUGUACAAGGGACCAAGAAUAUUCUUGACGCCUGUAUUGAGCUAAAAGUAAAAAGACUUGUGUAUACUAGUUCUCCAAGCGUGGUCUUUGAUGGUGUUCACGGAAUAUUUAAUGGGGAUGAAUCGUUGCCUUAUCCCGCUAAGUCCAAUGAUUCCUAUUCUGCUACAAAAGCGGAAGGAGAGACCCUAGUUAUCGAAUCAAAUGGUUUGAAAGGACUCCUAACAUGCUGUAUUCGACCUAGCAGCAUUUUUGGUCCUGGUGAUAAGCUACUUGUUCCAUCUUUAGUUGCUGCAGCAAGGGCUGGGAAAUCCAAGUUUAUUGUUGGAGAUGGAAAUAACAUGUAUGAUUUUACAUACGUGGAGAAUGUGGCACAUGCUCAUAUAUGUGCUGAACGAGCCCUGGCAUCAGAAGGGACUGUAAGAGAAAGAGCUGCUGGUCAGGCAUACUUUAUUACCAAUGCGGAACCAAUCAAAUUUUGGGAGUUCAUGUCUCUUAUUCUUGAAGGCCUUGGUUAUGAAAGACCAAAAAUAAAGAUUCCUGCUGCUGUUAUGAUGCCAAUUGCACAUAUCGUGGAGUUAAUUUAUAAGCUUUUAGCUCCUUAUGGGAUGAAGGUUCCGCAGUUCACGCCUUCAAGAAUUAGACUUCUGUCUUGCAGCCGGACGUUUGAUUGUUCUAAAGCAAAUGAUCGUCUUGGCUACACACCAAUUGUAUCACUCAAGGAGGGCCUUAGGAGGACUAUUGAAUCAUACCCACACUUAAGGGCUGAUGUACCAACCGCAAACGAUGGGCCAUCGAAAGCUGCCAUACUUCUUGGAAAUGGGAAGGUUGCUGACAUGCUUCUUUGGAGGAAUAAAAAGCAAACACUAACAGUACUGUUGAUCUUGGCUGCAUUUCUCUUCAUUUUUAUUGUAACUGGAUAUACCAUUAUAACUGCACUUUCCAAGCUUCUGCUGGCAGCAUCAAUUUUCCUUUUCAUCCAUGCCAAGUUACCAGAGAAAAUGUGGUUCUCUCUCUAUUGGCUCUCAGUAUACUUGGAGCUGCUUCUUUUUGCAAUAUGUUCAUUAUAGGUAUGCAUUCUCUGUGUGUGUGUGAACGUGUCAUCCAGUUUAUCCAA